GAAUGUUUAUUAUUUGAAAUUUCACCUACUUAUGAAUCAUUCCCUGCAACCAAUUUUAAUUCUAAUUACGUAUAUUACAAUACAUCAUUCGGUAUAGGAUUUGGUGGUACGGAUGCUGUCCGUAAAACUUCCACGUUAGAUAAUAAAAAUUUUAAUUCAUAUUUCUUGCAGAUUGAUAAUACUCUGCAAAGUGGUACUUAUAAGAAUGAUACACUUAAGAAGUCUCGUUCUGCGUACAAAUUAUCAACAACGAGAACGUACUUUGAUAUAGAAUUUGAAGUUUCAGAAAUUCAGGUAUUUGGGUUGGGCGGAGAAAGUGCAAAACAACAACAGGAUAAGGAAAAGAAAUGGGAAGAAAAUUUUGCGACAAAGCGAAAACAUUACAACAAUAAAUCUGCCGAUAAGGAAAUGCUAAAGUAUGCUUCAAUUAUCAAUCACGAAUAUCGAAGAGAAGUUGAUACUGUUUGA